UAGUGAAAUGGUCUGUACCCCUAACUGUGGAUAAGUAGGGCACUAAGAUGCCCAAAAAUGAUAUCUGGCCAGGUGACACAGGACUAGAGACGAUGGAUGGCAUGGAUAGUGCUGGCAGCUGUGACAGUGUGGUUAGUGCCAAUUCAGUCUUUAGUGAUGACAGUCUAAAGCACCUUUCUGCUGAAGAAAAGGCCUGUCUAAUGUUUUUGGAGGAAACUAUUGAGUCCUUGGAUACUGAAGAGGAUAGUGGACUUUCCAAUGAUGAGUCUGACCAGCUGCCUAGCCCUGGCAACCUUACAGCUAAACUUGACGUAGACCUGUCAGCCUCCUUGAGCAACAACAAGCUCAAUAGUUCAGAAAACUCUUCUAAGGAACCCAUUAAGAAAAAUGUUAACCUCAAACACCUACAGAGCUAUCUGGUUCCUACACCUUUUGUUGUUGCAAGCCAUUCCAUGUGUUCUGUUCCCAGUACUAAACCAAUGAGUCUUGUAGAAAAAACUGUACAUUUUGAGUCUCAGUUCACAUCCAAAGUCACAAAACCUGCCCACAAACUCCAAAAGAACCCUAGUGUUCCCCCAGUACCUUUAGAGGUUAACACUGUCAUUCUUCCUUCCACAAAACCCAAGGAGAACUCAAGUCAAGGUCCUUUACCAAGAGGACCCCUGUCUUAUGAUGCACUAGUUCAUUUGCGGAGUACUGCCUCCACAAAGAAAACCCCUUUAUGUCCCAAAGUUGAUCACACUAUAGACUUGAACAAACAUUGUUCUACCCCAGUGGAAGGUCCAAGCCUUGUAAAUCUGCCAAGAUCUGUCAAAUUCCCCUUAGAGGUCCACAAAUCUAAAACAGGCCCCCCAGCUGUGGCUCCAAAACCUAAAAAGAUUCCUGUUAACAUAGCGAUGAAACUCCAACAUGAAGGAAUUACAGCACAGGACGUUUCAGACAGCAUCAACCAUGCAAAAAAUCCACAGGUGGUGAGACAGGAAGCUUUGCAGAAACUUGGCCUCCUGAAAAACCAGGAGCAACUGAGUGGGAAAGUAGGCCCACCAACUCCUCCUAAACCUCCCUCUUCUUUGGAUCCAGUGGCUGACAGAUGUGCUAGAAGUCUAUCCCAAUGUAAUCCAAUGAGUAAACUUUCUUUUACUUCUUCUCAAGCACUCACAGAACACAAGAACGAGAAUCUGCAGAAUACUGUCGAUUUCCAUCACCACUGCAGAAAUGACCAGGAGUCUGUGUCAGCAUCACAUCAUCCAUCUCAGUCUAGUAGGUUGGACAGCACACGUCUGGAGCACUCUGUUAGCCUGGAUUUGUGUGAUAACACAAACAUCCCAAACUACCCUGAACCACAACAUAUCCCAACAGCCAAACCAAUGAGAACCACCACCACUGCUGAACCGUCAUCUGACAAACCCUCAAACUUAAUGGGAUACAGUGUGAUGGUGGUGCCAGGGAUGGGAUCUGAUCGAAAGGAAGCUCUCAGAAAGCUUGGACUGCUUAAGAACUGA